AUGAGCGUUUACUUGAGUGUUUUAUUCGCGUUGCUUACGUUUGAGAUGGCAAUCCUGUUCGUGCUGGUGCUCCCGCUGCAUUAUAAGAUGCGCAAAGUGCUAGUCUCCACGUACUUCCGGUUCAUGAGCUACACGCAAGUUAAAACUGUAAUCUGGAUUGUGAUAGGUCUCGUUUCGUUGUUGUUUGUGGACUCGUGGAAAAGAUCGCAAAUCUCGGUGUUUUUGCACCACCAUCAGACGGCCAGUGGGGCGGAUCCCAACGCUGUAGGAACUGUCACACCCGUUCAGGCGCUAGCCUCCAGGGCUUAUAAUCAGAGAAACAUAUACAUCUCUGGUUUCAUUCUCUACUUUUGCUUCUGCAUCCCUACGGUUAUCAGCGUGGUGAAGCGACUGGUAAAGUACGAAACACUCAUGCGCGAAAAAUCAUCUGAUCCCACCACCAAGUCUGAAGAAACUGCUGAGGUGACAGCUCUUCGCAAGGAAUUGGCGGAGAAACAAGCCUCCAUCAAGGCUUUGAGAAAGCAAAAGGCCAACCUGGAGGCCCACUUCGAUAAGAGCGUGGCAAACGAGGCAAACUCCAACACUUCCACCGAUGAAAAAAAGGGCAACUGA